AUGAAGUUCUUUCCAGUUCUAGCAGCGAUCGUGCUUAGCCUCGCGGCAGUCCAAGCGGGUAAGAGUCGUCCUCAGCUGGUGAAACUGCACCCCGUGACUCGGCAGGAGUACAACGAGCUCCUCAGGCUGACCCAGGGCAAGGAUGAGGUGUCCGAGGCCCGUCUUCUUAGCAGCUCCAUUGCUGGCAUCAAGGGUCUGGCUUCUGGAUUUGCUGCCGGCAGCUUCAUCCCAGCAAUCUUUAGCUCCGGCUCCAAGGAUCAGAACAAGAAGGGACGUCCCCUGUGCGUGAUCUCUACGAAUGAUCUGGAAAAUGGAGAGGAGGACAGGCGCCUGGGACGUGUGGUGAGCAUUGAGUACGAGCCCAAUACCGACUCCAGCUCGGGUUCAGGAUCGGGUUCGGGGCAUGGAAGUGGACAUGGCAGUGGACACGGUAGUGGACACGGAAGUGGUCAUGGAAGUGGGCAUGGAAGCGGAGGCAGCAGUAAUGAAGGUGACGACGAUGAUGUGACCACUGUCAACUGCAUUCUGGUGGUCAAUGGCACUGAUACCUCUACAACCACAACAACGACCACAAAGAAGCCCGAACACGGUCAUGGUCACGGAAAUGGUCAUGGUCAUGGCGGAUAUCCCUAUCCUCCCUUCUACCCCUACGGCUACCCACCCUACUACUACCCCUUCCCUCCUCCACCCCCGCCACCCAAGCACCACCACUCCGAUGGAGACAAGCGUUCCGUCGGCGACGAAGUAGAUUUUGGCCACCUGAUCGACGCCUACAAUGGCUUCUACUACCAGCCCGUAGGAUUCCCCUUGAGGGGCGGUAAGCGGUCGAGGGCCAACCAGGAGGUCUCUGCUUAUCAACCAGCCAGCUAUCCCAAGCAGGAGUAUGCCUCCAACUACCCAAAGGUGGUCCGCAACUACGGCCUCACCCACCCGGCACCCGUCUACGUUCGUUCUCCGCAGUUCGAGCGGGAACAGUGA